UAGGUCCAUUUUAUAGAUGAGGGCAUUGCAACUCAAAGAUGUUAAAAAAAAAUUUGCUCAAAAUUUGAUCUAUCCCAUAGCUAGUUGGGAUAGAUCCAGAAUUUGAACUAUGGCAGUCUGGUUACCCAAUCUGAAUUCUUUACUCCUCAUUGUCUUAAGACACGAAUGGUUCACAAUGGGUAGAAGAUAGGUCACAAGUAAUAACACAAGGUGAAAUGAAGUAGGAAGUAUAAGCACCAUAUAAUGUGACCAGAGGAUUAGAGGUGGUGAGUAGAAUCAGAAAAGGCUUUCUAGAAAAGGGAACAUUUGAGGCAAACCUUAAUUUAUGGCAACAAAUUUAAGAAGAGGAGCUGGAAUGAAGGCCAACUAGGUGAGAGGACUAUUACCAGGAUGGUGAGUUAGUUUUGCAUCAAGUGCCAAUUCCAUUUCAUUGGUAGUGACUGUGUGUAGCACUGUGUUGAGAUGUUUGUUAUAUGCCAGCUCAGUGGGAAAGAAGAUGAUGAGUAAUUAGCCAAAGCUGCCAUGGGCAAGGGAGGGAAGAUUUGAAGAUCUUGUGGUAUGAAUUUUUAUCAUUGGACUAUUACACUAUGGAGAUGAGCAAUUAUGGGUCAUAUGUUGGAAAGCAAUGACUACACGAUUUUGACUCGGUCAUAGGAUAUGCAUAGGAAAGUGGAAGCUGACAUAAGAUAAGAAAUCUACGAUGAAGCUAUAUUGCACGGUGAUUUAAAUGACAGACUGAUGAGUUUGUAUUUAAUUCAGUAGAAAAUGAAGAGCUAUCGAAGAUUUUUGGACUGAUGAUAGUGUCACAGGAAGCCUACUCUAAGAAGAUUAAUCUGACAGUGGCAUCCAGCAUGAACUGAUAUGGAGAAAGAUGAGAAAAUGUUGGAAGAGAGAAUGGGGAGAGCCUCUACUCCGGUUGAGUAAUGAAUUUGCCUCCUUUCCGAUAUAAGGUUCUAUGUGGUCUCCAUUUCACUCAAUGGUCACACCGUCUAUCAAGGGUGUGAUAAGUAGGCGUCCUAGGAUUCAAUAUUUCACUUUCGUUCAUCUACUUCAUCCAAAAUCCAUCAAGAGGUCCUGAAACAUGGAGGAAAGGAAUAAAAGAGAGGAAAAGGAAAUGAAUUUCAAUAUGAAGAAUGAUUUUGAGACUGAGUCAGCAUCAUCUAAUUUUGCUCUUCAAAGUUCUUCGGAGACAUUGUUUUCUAUUCAGCUGUUAGAUUUCAAAACAAAUUUACUUGAAGCAUUAGAAGAAUUACGUAUGAGGAGGGAAGCAGAAACUCGAUAUGAAGAGCAAAUUGGUAAAAUUAUUGUGGAGACACAAGAACUCAAAUGGCAAAAUGAAACUCUUCAGAAUCAAAAGGAAACCUUAUCAAAGCAACACAAAGAAGCAAUGGCAGUUUUUAAAAAGCAGUUGCAAAUGAAGAUAUGUGCCUUGGAAGAAGAAAAGGGAAAAUAUCAACUUGCUACAGAAAUAAAAGAAAAAGAAAUAGAAGGAUUGAAGGAAACAUUAAAGGGAUUACAGGUUUCUGAAUAUUCUUUACAGAAGAAAGUGAGUGAAAUGGAACAAAAAGUCCAGUUACAUCUUCUGGCUAAAGAAGAUCAUCAGAAGCAACUGAAUGAAAUUGAGAAAUACUAUGCCACAAUAACAGGUCAAUUUGGAUUGGUAAAAGAGAGUCAUGAAAAGUUAGAACAAAGUGUACAGGAAGCAAUACAGUUAAACAAAAGACUUUCAGCUUUAAAUAAAAAGCAAGACUCUGAAAUAUGCACCUUAAAGAAGGAACUAAAAAAAGUAACCUCAGACUUGAUAAAGACCAAGGUCACAUGUCAAUAUAAGACAGGAGAAGAAAACAUCAAUUUAACAAUUAAAGAACAGAAAUUUCAAGAACUUCAAGAAAGACUCAAAAUGGAAAUGGAAUUAAAUAAGAAGAUUAAUGAAGAGAUUACCUGUAUUCAAGAAGAAAAACAAGGUAUCAUCACUUCUUUCCAACAAUUGCAGCAGUUACUUCAGCAACAGACUCAAAUUAAUACUGAAAUGGAAGCAGAAUUAAAGGUUGAAGAACUUAAUGGAGAAGUUAAUGAGAUUAGAAACGAGUUAUCAUCACUUAAAGAAACUCAUACUAAGUUACAAGAACAUUACAACAAAUUACGUGAUCAGAAAAAGUUUGAGGAAGACGAGAAGUUUCAGAAUCUUCCAGAAGUGAGUACUGAAAUGUCAAUGGAAAAACAAGAAGACACCACCAUACAGAAAUAUAAUUCCAGGCAAGAAAUAAGGGAAGAAAAUACUGUGAAUUAUUGUUUAGACAGUGAAUACAGAGAAAAGGAGGAAAAGAGAGAAGGCCUAUUUAUAGAAGAAAUCAAUAUAAAUGAAGACUUACAGCUUUUUGAAAAAAGCUCCAAGAAUGAAAUUGAUACUAUUGUGCUUCAGGAUAAAAAUCAAAGUGAAAUCUCCCUAAACAAAACCUUCUGCAGUGAAGAAGAAUUAAUUAAUCAAGGACAAACCUUGAAUGUUACUGACAUUAGAAACGUGGUUACUACAGAAAUAAAAGACAAGAUGGACUUGGAAAAAGAUAAUGGAUAUGCAGAAUUUAAAUCACCAAAUAUUUCUUUUUUAGUGGCAGGUAUGUCAAUAGAAACAGAAAAGCUACCUCUAGAAAGAACCGAAGGAUUAGAUCUUCACCAUACAGAAGUGUAUCUGGUUGAAAACAGCAGAACAUCAUUUAACAAUAUUUUACAUGAGACGGCUUGCAAGACAAAUCAUAAAAAAGAUGUUUCUGAAGAUGAACCACUCAAACAACAAUUGAGAUGGCUUCCAGGGACUCAAGAAAAUGCCACAGAAAAGGAAAUUACAAAGAGCCACCAAACUAAGGUAGAUUUGGAUUCAUCUCUAGAUGUAAAAAAGAAUCUCAUUCAUUGUCAGAAAUACAGUUUACAGGAUUCAAGCAACAUUUUGUUAGAUGACAAACAAUGUAAAUUAAGACAAAUAGAACUGUUAAAUAAAAAAAGUGAAUGUAGCACACUGCCAUUUAAAGAAACUUCAAAUUUUCAGCAAGUUGGUGAGGAUACUUCAGAGAAACAUGAACUGACUAUUCCCUGUAAGACAGCAGUCAACCACCUCAUUUCUUCUGAUGUUUUCAGUAACGAUUUGAACGUACUUUUAAAGAAUGCAGAUAAAAAUAUUAAUAUUAUGCCUAUGUUGGUGAAACCCAACUCAAGCCCUGGGAAGAGAACUAUAUGGAAAAAUCUGAAUGAUAUGCAAAGCAGUGAAGUUAAGAACUGUUUGGGAUAUAUAGAAAACUAUGUGACUGUUUCCUAUCUUCAGGAUAUCGGUGAGACUAUACCUGCUUCACAAGCCAAAGAUAUGAAAACUGCUGUUCACGUGAAAACGUCCACAGAAAUACAGUUUUCCAGUAAAGAGAGUCAGAUUGAUGAAAAUCAGAUUCCUGAAGCUACAAAAAAUGACUUCUCCCUUAAUGAAAGACAGCAUACAUUGUUAAAUAAUACAGAGAAAAUGGAGUCAUUAAAUGACAUUAUUUCGGAAAAAAAUUACAGUGAAGGACAGCUGGAAGAAUCUUGUUCAUUUCACAUAAAGCCAUCUGGAGAUUUAGUAAACAGAGGUGGAAGGUCAGCCUUUGAUCUCUUAACUGUAGAUAAAAAAACUGAGAAAACUCCAGUAAACGUGAAUUUUUUAGACCCUACUCCUUGGUCAAAAGUAAAUCAAGUUGAAAGUCAAACAGUGGGCACUUUAACAUCUAGCAUUCCUCUGUUGCUGAAGGAGAGACCAAUAGGUCCAUCAGAAAACAAAAAGAGUGUUUCAAUGACACUUUGUAAAAACGUUGGUGUGGAUGAUGCCAGGAAAGAUAUUGAACCAGAUACUACCAGCAUUAACAGAGUUGCUGACACUUUGAAUAACUCGAGUAUCCAUCCAGAUCCCAAGGGAGAGCCCAGUGAAGAGAGGAAUGCAAUUGCAAAGACUUUUUAUGAUUCUUCUUUUCCCACAGAACAUGUGAAACCAAAGCCUCUGAAAUCAACUCUAAUACAAAGCCAUUUUCAAGCGAUCAAGACUAAAGAUACUACUGAUUUGGCUGCAUCUUCCCCUGGUGAAGAUAACUGGCAGAGCCAGGUAACAAAUCAAAAAAGUGAAAUUGAAAAGUUUCUAAGCUUAGAAAAUGACAACCAACCUAAAAAAAGAAAAGCGGAAGAGAUGGUAGAAAAAAACAACAGGUGA